GGAUAAAGGCGAGUACACGUGUGUACACUUUAGUAAAUCGAAGUGUAUUCUUGUAUUAUUGGUUAAAUGCUAUUAUUUGGAAAGCUAUUGAGGAAUUUAAAGGCAGAACGCCUAAGCCGGAUAGAUAUCGCUUGUCAUUCAAUUGAGCAUACGAAAGGUUUCGCUGCGGCAAUGGCUGAAGCUUUGGAAAAGUUAGAACAACAAAAACGCAUCGGAGAAGAAGAACGAAAAGUGGCAGAAGCGUCAGUAAAUGAGAUGAAAAAGUUGAAACAAAAAUUAAAACGUAGAAAAUGGGUGAAUUGGGAAACUGAAGAUGAACGGAAAUGUACUGAGGCGAAAAGAGCGGCAAUUGAUUCUUCAGUUGAAAAAAUAAAACGUAAGAAAUGUGCAAUUUUGUUAAGCUAUUCGGGAGCGAAUUACUACGGAAUGCAACGUAAUCCUGGAAUGGAGACAAUAGAAGAAGAAUUAUUCAAAGCUCUUUUGAAACAUAAAUGGAUAUCGAAUGACGCUUAUGGCCAGGCACAAAUGGCUUCUUUUCAAAGAGCUGCUCGGACUGAUAAAGGAGUUUCUGCCGCACGGCAAGUGUGCUCAUUAAAAUUGCCGGAAGCUUUGAAUAUCAAAGCUUUCAAUGACGAUUUACCUGAGCAAAUACGCCUUUUUGCCGUAGAGCGCGUUACCAAGGGAUUCAAUGCUAAGGGCCAAUGUGAUGCUCGUACUUAUACCUAUACGAUGCCAAGUAUAGCCUUUGCUGAUUUUGAAGCGAAUGCCAAUUACGAAACUUUUCGCUUAUCAACAGAGCAAUUGCUGAAAGCUAAAGAUAUCUUACAGAAAUUUGAGGGUACAAAAAAUUUUCACAAUUUCACAAGUCGCAAAAACUACUUUGAUCCAUCAUCUAAACGAUUUAUAAUGUCUUUUACAUGUUCCGAUCCUUUCCUGAGCCCUCACAAUGCAGAAUUUAUAACUGUCAAGGUAAAAGGGCAAAGUUUUAUGUUACAUCAAAUUCGUAAAAUGGUUGGUCUAACAGUCGCUAUUGUACGCGGUCACACAGACUUCUCAACGUUAAACAAAGCUCUCUCUGAGGAGAGAUUAGAUUUACCUAUGGCUCCUGGUCUGGGUUUGGUACUAGAUACAGUCCAUUACGAACGUUACAAUGAACGUUACGGGAAGGAUGGCAUACACAAUCCCUUAACUUGGGAAAAUCAUGAACAGGAAAUUCAACAAUUUGUAGAGCAAAAAAUCCUUGCAAAUAUUUAUGAAACGGAGUAUAAAGAGAAGCCGCUAUUAAAUUGGCUUGAAACACUGCCAUUACAUAGUUACGAUGUGCGAAAUGACGAAAACCCUCCUUCAUCUGAGGAUAAGUCCAAUAAAGAAGAAAAAGAGGAGUAA